GGGGCUUGUAUCACUAUGCCAGUACCACUUCGGUUGCUUGUUUUGGACUUUGGAGACACCACCAAUACACCAUACAAAGAAUACCUCCGCGCACCAGGAGAGAGAGAAGGCAAAACGAUGUCGCACGACGAAAGAUACGAGGGCAACGGCGAAGAACACGGUGGUUGGCCUCAGCCGCAAAACAGCGGCGGUCAUGGCGGUGACGCUGAUAACCACCACGACUCCAAAUCUCUGCAUGAUUCACAAACUCAUGAAGAGCCUACAAGAAGCAGAGAAAUGGAGAAGGAUAAAGAUAGAGACAAAGAAAGAAAGAGGGAUAGGGAUAGGGACAGAGAUAGAGACCUAGAAAAGAGUAGGGGUAGAGAUAGAGAUAGAGACCGAGAAAAGAGUGGGGACAGAUAUAGAGAUCGAGAAAAGAGUGGGGACAGAGAUAGAGAGCGAGAAAAGAGCAGGGACAGAGAUAAGGACAGAGAGCGUGAUCGCCAUAGGGAUCGGCAUAGAGAAAGGGGUGAGAGAAGGGAGCGGAGCAGGGAUGUGGUAGAUGAUGAUUAUCGCCGCAGCAGUCGAGACUAUGAUAGACAUAGAAAUUACGACGAGGACAAGGAGGAUAGGUAUAGACGUAGUUCUCGAUCACGUUCCAGGGCCACAUCUCAUCAUAAAUCCGGAUCACGCUCUCGUUCGAGGUCAAGAUCCCGUUCACGUUCUAAGAGUAAAAGGAUCAGCGGAUUUGACAUGGCGCCACCAACUGCUAUGAUGACAGCCCCUGCUGUUGGAGGUUCAAUCACGACAACUCCUGUUCCUGGGAUGUUUCCUAACAUGUUCCCUUUAACGUCAGGGCAGUUGCCUCUUGGAACUCUUCCUAUCAUGCCUGUUCAAGCAAUGACUCAGCAGGCAACUAGACAUGCUCGACGGGUUUAUGUUGGAGGAUUACCCCCAGAAGCUAAUGAGCAGACUGUGGCUAUCUAUUUCAGCCAUGUUAUGGCCUCAAUUGGAGGAAACACUGCAGGACCAGGUGAUGCUGUUGUAAAUGUCUAUAUAAACCAUGAAAAAAAGUUUGCUUUUGUGGAGAUGAGAUCUGUGGAGGAAGCUAGUAAUGCUAUGGCGUUAGAUGGUAUUAUAUUUGAGGGGGCUCCAGUUAAGGUGAGGAGACCCAGUGACUACAACCCAUCACUUGCUGCAGCACUUGGUCCGAGUCAGCCUAAUCCAAACCUAAACCUGGCUGCUGUUGGCUUGACACCAGGUUCUACAGGGAGUCUUGAGGGUCCUGACAGGAUAUUUGUUGGUGGGCUUCCUUAUUACUUCACUGAGGCUCAAGUGCGAGAGUUGUUGGAAUCUUUUGGAGCACUUCGGGGUUUUGAUCUUGUCAAGGACAGAGAAACUGGAAAUUCAAAAGGCUAUGCCUUUUGUGUGUACCAAGAUCUGUCUGUUACAGAUAUUGUUUGUCAAGCAUUAAAUGGAAUCAAGAUGGGUGAUAAAACACUUACUGUUAGGCGUGCAAACCAGGGUACUCAACAACCAAAGCCAGAGCAAGAGAGUGUAUAUAUGCAUGCACAGCAGCAGAUUGCACUGCAGAAAAUGAUAUUGCAACCUGGUGGUCUUCCAACAAAGGUUGUUUGCUUAACCAACUGUGUGAAUCUGGAUGAGCUCAGAGAUGAUGAGGAGUUUCAAGAUAUUUUUGAAGACAUGAGACUAGAGGGUGAAAGAUUUGGCUCUUUACUAAGUGUUGUCAUCCCCAGACCACAACCUAAUGGAGAGCCAUCACCAGGCCUUGGAAAGGUAUUUUUAGAGUAUGCGGAUAUAGAGAGUUCGUCAAAGGCAAGAGCUGGUAUGAACGGAAGAAAGUUUGGUGGCAAAGAAGUCGUGGCUACGUUUUACCAGGAGAAUAUGUAUGCUGAGGGCCUAUAUGACGGUUAAAGACACGGUGAUGUCAUCUUAUUUUUUUGUUUGUAUGAAGAUUUGUAUUAGGCUACAAAGAUUGUAGGAUUUCCUUUUCUCACCUUUUUGUACCUAAAAUGGUGUUUCUUUUGCACCUUAAAAAGGGUUGCUGUUUGAUGUUGUCUUCCUCUUUUUACCUUUUGCAGUAAGUAAAUUAUACUGAAGGAUUGCUUGGAAUGGAGUAAAUUCUUCAUGAAGUGAAUGUUAAA